AGUCAGUACUCAUGCGGCGUGGUAGGUAGCUGGCUAGCCAGCUAGUCAUGAUGGCGGCGGUGCAGGGCGCGCUGAAGAAGAGGAUCCUACCACCACUGGUCGUGAUUCUGGGGGCCACUGGUACUGGGAAGUCGAAACUGGCCAUCGAAAUAGGAAAACGCCUGAAAGGCGAGAUAAUCAGCGCCGAUUCUAUGCAGGUGUACCAAGGGCUGGACAUUAUCACCAACAAGGUGACGGCCGAGGAGCAGGCUCAGUGCCCGCAUCACAUGAUCAGCUUCAUGGACCCGCUAGUGAGCACCUACACCGUGGUGGACUUCAGGAACAAGGCCCUGUCUCUCAUCAAGGACAUACACCACAGAGAGAAGCUGCCCAUCAUUGUGGGAGGAACCAACUACUACAUCGAGUCCCUGCUGUGGAAGGUGCUUGUGGACACAGGGGACAGCGGGGGAUCGGACGGGGAGGGGGGCUCGCCAGAAAGGAGGGGAGAGCUGGAGAAGCUGGGGGGGCCAGAACUGCACCGGCGCCUGGCCGAGGUGGAUCCCGAAAUGGCAGCCAUGCUCCACCCCAACAACACCCGAAAGAUUGCCAGGAGCCUGCAGGUGCACCAGCAGACGGGGGUGCCCCACAGCCGCCUGCUGGAGGAGCAGAGGGGCCAGGAGGGGGGCGGGGGCCUGGGCGGGCCCCUGCGUUUCCCGGAUGCCUGCAUCUUUUGGCUGCACUCCAGCCUGGAAGCAGCUCUGGAUAAGAGGCUGGACAGCCGCGUGGACGAGAUGCUGGAGACCGGGCUGCUGGAGGAGCUGAGGGAGUUCCACCGGCGAUACAACGAGCAGAAGCUCCAGGAGGACAGUCAGGACUACCAGCACGGCAUCUUCCAGUCCAUCGGCUUCAAGGAGUUCCACGAGUACCUGACGGCAGACGCGGGGACGGCCGAGGAGGAGCGGGCCCGGCUUCUGAGCAAAGGCGUUGAGGCGCUGAAGCAAGCCACCAGACGCUACGCCCGAAAGCAGAACAAGUGGGUCCGCAACCGCUUCCUGAAGAGACCUGGAGCCAACGUCCCCCCAGUGUUUGGUCUGGACGUGACGGAUGUUUCGUGUUGGGAGAAGACGGUCCUCACGCCUGCUUUAGAGGUUCUGGAGAGCCUCCAAAAGGGAGCACGUCCAUCUGUGGAGCCAAUCAGAGCGCAGGGGGAGGAGCAAUUCAACAAGCGGAAAUGGCACGAAUGUGAGCUGUGUAACAGGGUGAUCAUUGGUGACCCGGAGUGGGCAGCACAUCUGAAGUCCAGAAGCCACCAGUUCCAUGUUAAGAAAAAGAGGAGGUCUGAAUCCGCCGUGGGCCACCAGGCCUCUGUGUCAGACUGUCAACCCGCACCAGAGUGUCCAUCGAAUGCAGACCCUCGCUUCCGGCACACGUGCAUCUGCCCGCUCCCCGCUGCGCCGGUGGACUCGCAGAGCCUCUGA